AUGGCACUUUUGGACCUGUUCAACAAAAAGCAAGUGGAGGAGCCCCCGUUUGAUAUAUCGGGGCAGGAUGUUCUGCGGCUACUCACAGCAACUGGAAUGCUGACUCCCUCUCCAGAUCAGGAGUUUUAUGUCACUGGUACCAGCAUAUCUACUAGAGAACAGAUCGCCAAGGAGAUCAAGCAGCAACUGCGUGAGUCUUUGGAGCCCGUAACAGUGGGCCUGCUAUCGGCUAAAAUUGGACUAGACGCUCCCACAACACAGAUCUUUGUGGACCUUUGUCUCCCCCAAGUCCAGGGAGUGGUCCAAGACGGCUACAACUACUACUCCUGGGCGUUGUGUGAGCAGUUAUUGUCGCAGCUCGAUAAGAGCUUGGACGGGAAUUUGUUUGUGUCAUCUCUCGACUUUUGCCACAAGAACAAAAUGUCCUGGAAAUUGCUCUCUUCUAUCGCAUCUAAGCAGUAUCUGGUAGAAGAUGGAGUUGUGCUGGACCAGAAGAAAUGGGCCCAGUUGCAGAAGGAGACUGAGGAAAAACUGACCAAUGCCACACAAGUGCUUCCCUUGUCUGAGCUGUUGGAGGAGGAGACAGGAUCAACGGAUGAAGCUCUCAAGAAGGUGUUUAUCAACACUAUCACUCGAUGGCUCAAGAACUCUGGUAAGGGUCGAAUCAGUGGGGACAAGUUUAUCCCAGACUCGCAUGCUCAGGGUGCACAGAACAGCGUCAAGUAUCAACUGGAAUCCACUGGAUACGUUUCUUCAGGUGCCUUGAAGCAGCUACGAAAGAAGCUGGAGGUUGUGGCACAAGAAAUGGGCCUCAAUCUCACUGCUCUCUCGGAUAUUGUUGUCAAUGACGCAUGGGCCGACAAACGAAAGGAGGAGGCUCUCAGUACUGUUGCUGACCAGGGCUAUAUUGAUGUUGGCAAGGUGGACUUCUGUCGGGAGGUGUCGGUAGAGGACAACAAGACCUUGGUGGACGGGUUCAUCAAGGCUGCUUCCAAAUCCAAGGCUUGUGAUUCUAUUCGAAACGGCCCUACUGUUGAGUUUGUGGUUGAAAAGAACCUCAACUCCAACGUUAAGGUCUUUGCCAUCGGUGAUAUAUGCGAGCAACUGGCCAAGGCCGAGACUGCCGCUAUUCUGAAGGCCAAUUCGGUCCAGGAUCUCUCUGACAAGUCCGCAGAGGGGUUUGUAGACCAGCAUGUUAUCUCUGAUGUCUAUUCUGUGCCUGCUGACAGUUUAAUCAGUGAAAAGUUGGCAGCCAAGUUCCCGCAAUUGCCCAAAAGACUACUUCAACUCUAUGUGGCGCAGUAUCGGGCUCUCAUUCAGGCAGGAACCAAGGAAAAGACCAUUGCGCUGGUACGCGACGAGUGCGAGGAGGCUGUGGUUACGGUUGUGACGUAUCUACUGGGACUCAAAGGUGUUUUGCAGGCCGACAAAAAGGUGGGAAAAAAGUUGGUUGAUGGAGCUAUGGCUCAGAUUAAGGAUAACGUUGCGUGCGUGGACUCGAUUGCUCUGGACUCGGAAAUGUCCAAGCUGGAGAACAAGGUGACGGCCCAGAUUGACGCUCUGUGGGCCUGUGUACGUGUCGACGACCACGACGGACGCGUCAAGCAAUGCCAGUCGGAGACGCUACGCAACCUCAAGACGCAGGUUGGUGCAGCUGCGCAAAAGGGUAAGAGCGCGUUGGCUCUGCAUUUGGCCGUAACGGUGGCCAUGUCCCAAGCCACGCCAGGAAUACUUUUAUCUUCCGGGUCCACCGUCCCCCGUCAGGUCAAGUUUCUGCGCAAACAGGCUCUGCUGGAUGCGGCUCAGCUCGACUUCUUAGAUAAGGCUGUGGAAGUGGCCGUCAAAAAUGAGCCCCUGGACGAAGGCGAGCUGAACUCGCUAAUGGAGGCGAUGGCCAUUUGA